AUGCGCAAGGGUCAACCUCCCCAGUGUUGGGCCAGUUCUCGUGACCUUCCUCGGGAGACCGAGGCCCGGAGCGCAGUGGGGAGGGGAGGAGACGGCCGGGAACCAGGGCGGAGGAACUCAAGUCUCAGUGACUCACAGCUGGGCCCCAUUCGGGCUCUAGGCGGGUGGGCGGAGAAGCCCCUGGCUUGUGCAGGCCAGUGCGCUGAGGACAGGUCCGCCAGCGCUGCUCACAGGUCCGCCAGGGCUGCUCCGGGAGGGGGUGGUUCCCUGGGUCGCUCCUGCUUGGCUCACGACCUGGGGGGAAUCCUCAUCUUGAAGCUCCGGCUCUCCAGGAAAUCCCGGGUUCGAAUUCUGCCACCGCCAGAAUUUGUCAAUUCCGGCUGCCCUGUUUUGGCAAAGUCGCUUUCCACCUCGGAGGGGGCCUCAGUUUUCUCAUUUAUCAAUCAGGCUCUAGAGUUCUCUCCUUACAGAGAGGGGACCAGGCUUGAACACCUACAGUGUGCAGCGAUUCUGGUGCCCUCGGAGAAGCCCGGCAAACAGAAGGGCGCACAGGGGAACACGUGCGUCACGCCCGCCACCGUGCUCUGCGUCUUAAUCCUCACCAGGACCAGGCAGGACCCGACACCCAGGCGUUACAGACUGAACUUGAGCCUGGGAGCCGCCCCUCGCCCAGCUCCCUGACUCCUGGGGGCCCAGGCCCCACCGUUGUCACGACAACCGGG